UUUAGCAAUUUUUAUCAACGUUUGCAGCUAAGUCAUUAAUCAAGAUCUUUUUUGCCUAACAGAAAAAGGCGGACUCUUUCACAAAAACUUCAAAAGACGAAGUGAGAGACAACUGUAAAGAAAGAAACGCCCAUCAUAGAGAGGUGAAUUGUAAAACAGCCAUGGACUACCAUGAACGUGCUCUAAAAAUUGCCAAAGAAGUGGAAGACAAGGCCGGAGAAGGAAGCACCUAUGAUAGACUUGGCAACGUUUAUGAAAGUCUGGGGGAUUUCAAAACAGCCAUUGACUACUAUGAACGUGCUCUAAAAGUUGCCAAAGAAGUGGGAGACAAAGUUGGAGAAGGAAGCGCCUACGGAAGUCUUGGCACAGCUUAUUUAAAUCUGGAGGAUUUCAAAACAGCCAUUGACUACUUUGAAGGUCACCUAAAAAUUGCAGAGGAAGUGGGAGACAAGGCUGGAAAAGGAAUCGGCUAUGGCAAUCUUGGCAACGUUUAUCAAUGUCUGGGGGAUUUCCAAACAGCCAUUGACUAUUAUGAACUUACUCUAAAAAUUGCCAAAGAAGUGGGAGACAAGGCUACAGAAGGAUGCGCUAAUGGUAAUCUUGGCAUCGCUCAUGGAAGUCUGGGGGAUUUCAAAACAGCCAUUGAUUACCAUGAACGUCAUCUAAAAAUUGCCAAAGAGGUGGGAGACAAAGCAAACGAAGGAAGCAUCUAUGGCCAUCUUGGCAUCAGUUAUCAACGUGUGGGGGAUUUCAAAACAGCCAUUGACUACAAUGAACGUGCUCUUAAACGUGCCAAAGAAUUAGGAGACAAAGCUGGAGAAGGAAAAACCUAUGGCAAUCUUGGCGUCAGUUAUGGAAGUCUGGGUGAUUUCAAAACAGCCAUUGACUACCAUGAACGUAAACUAAAAAUUGCCAGAGAGGUGGGAGACAAAACUGGAGAAGGUGGCGCUUAUUGUAAUCUUGGCAUCGCCUAUGGAAGUCUAGGACAUUUCAAAACAGCCAUUGAAUACUAUGAACGUCAUCUAAGAAUUGCCAAAGAAGUGAGAGACAAAUCUGGAGAAGGACGUAAUUACGUUAAUCUUGGAACCGCUAAUGCAAGUCUGGGGGAUUUCAAAACGGCCAUUGACUGCUAUGAACGUGCUCUAAAAAUUGCCAAAGAAGUGAGAGACAAAGCUUUAGAAGGACAAGCUUAUGGUAAUCUUGGGAACGCUUAUGAAAGCCUAGGGGAUUUCAAAAGAGCCAUUGACUACCUUGAUUGUCAUCUAAAAAUUGCCAAAGAAGUGGGAGACAAGGCUGGAGAAGGAAUCGGCUAUGGCAAUCUUGGCAACGUUUAUCAACGUGUGGGGGAUUUCAAAACAGCCAUUGGCUACCAUGAACGUGCUCUACAAAUUGCCAAAGAAGUAGGAGCCAAAACUGUAGAAGGAAGCACCUAUAGCAAUCUUGGCCACGGUUAUGGAAGUCUGGGGGACAUCAAAACAGCCAUUGACUACCAUGAACGUCAUCUAAAAAUUGCCAAAGAAGUGGGAGACAAAGUUGGAGAAGGAAAGGUCUAUAGUAGUCUUGGCAACGCUUAUCAAAAUCAGGGGCAUUUCAAAACAGCCAUCGAGUACCAUAACCGUCAUCUAAAAAUUGUCAAAGAAGUGGGAGACAAGGCUGGAGAAGGAAGCGCUUAUUGGAAUCUUGGCAUCGCUUAUAAAAGUCUGGGGGAUUUCAAAACAGCCAUUGAAUACUAUGAAAGGGAUCUGAAAAUUGCUAAAGAAGUGGGAGACAAAGCUGGAGAAGGAAGCACCUAUGAUAAACUUGGCGACGUUUAUGAAAGUCUGGGGAAUUUCAAAGCAGCCAUUGACUACCAUGAACGUGCUCUAAAAAUUGCCAAAGAAGUGGGGGCCAGAGAUGAGGAAGGAACCACUUAUAGUAGUCUUGGUAACGCUUAUCAACGUCAGGGGGAUUUCAAAACAGCCAUUGACUACUAUGAACGAGGUCUGAAAAUUGCCAAAGAAGUGGGAAACAAGAUUGGAGAAGGAGGCACCUAUGGCAAUCUUGGCAACGUUUACAAAAGUCUGGGGGAUUUCAAAUCAGCGAUUGACUACCAUGAACGUGCUCUAAAAAUUGCCAAAGAAGUGGGAAACAAGGCAACAGAAGGCAGCAUCUAUGGCAAUCUUGGCAACGCUUAUGAACGUCUGGGGGAUUUUGAAACAGCUAUUGACUUCCAUGAAGGUCAUUUAAAAAUUGCCAAAGAAGUUGGAGACAAAGUUGGAGAAGGAAGCGCCUAUGGUAAUCUUGGCAACUCUUAUCAAAGUCGCGGGGAAUUCAAAACAGCCAUUGACUACCAUGAACGUCUCUUAAAAAUUGCCAAAGAAGUGGGAGACAAAGUUGGAGAAGGAAGCGCCUACGGAAGUCUUGGCACAGCUUAUUUAAAUCUGGAGGAUUUUAAAACAGCCAUUGACUACUUUGAAGGUCAUCUAAAAAUUGCCCAAGAAGUGGGAGACAAAGCGGGAGAAGGACAAGCUUAUGGUAAUCUAGGCUGUGCUUAUGGAAGUCUGGCCAAUUUUGAAACAGCAAUUGACUACCAUAAACGUAGUCUAAAACUUGCCAAUGAAGUGGGAGACAAAGUGUGA